UGUCCCCGGGGCCUGCGGGGGCCCCGGCGGAGCCAGGCAGGGACACGGCGGAGUUAGCAUGGAGCAGCGAGCAGGGCCACCAGAGCUGAGACCUGCAGGACCCUCCAUGCACCCACAGCCCAAGGAGGGGACACUGUGGGGUUUCUUGCCCAUCCUCUCACUGCUGUCUGGGAUGGCUGUGGGCACCCUGCAAAUGCCACACUACAAUGAGACACUGGAGGCACCUCCUACACCUCGGGGCAUGGCCACUGCCAGCCCAGCUGUGGAGGAUGGUGUGGAGCUACCACUCGCUGCUGCCUGGAGUCAGAUAUAUGGAGACAAUGCAACAACAAGUGCCCCAGGCACCACAGAGCUGGCAGAGGAUCUGUUGCUGCGUGCUGAGCGAUCACCAUCAGGCACCAGUAAAGCCAAGAAGGGGGCACGGAAAUCGUCACGGGGGUCCCGCGGACGCAACUGCCACAUCCGCAACCUGAUGGUGAAGGUGCGCGACCUGGGCCUGGGCUUCAACUCAGAUGAGAUUGUGCUCUUCAAGUACUGCAGUGGGUCCUGUCAUCCACGCAGCAACUAUGACCUGACACUGGGUAGCCUGUUGAGGCAGCAGCUCAUCACCCCAGGUCCACAGGAGCGGGUCCUCAGCCAUCCCUGUUGUCGUCCCACCCGUUAUGAGGCUGUCUCCUUCAUGGACGUGCAGAACACGUGGCAGACAGUGGAGAAGUUGUCAGCGGCUGAGUGCAGCUGUAUUGGCUGAAGAGGGGGCCGCCGGCUCGGCCCUGGCUUGAUGCAUGCUGGCAAACCCAGUCCCAUGGUAUACAGCAGCAUUGAUGCUUGAAGGAUGAGCCUGGCAGAGAUGGAUGCACUUGGCUUUACAUGGCUACAAGAGAUUGAGUGAGAUGGAGCCGUGACACGGUGUGAGUGGCUGAACCCCCUCCUGCUCAGUGCCAAGAAGCUGGUGCCACCAGCUACGUGGUGUGCUGCCUGAGUGCACCCUGGUUCAGCUUUGGGAGAGGAGCUGGAAGAGGCAUGGAUCAUCCCUGCUGCUCACGGGGCUCUGCCAGCUCAAUGCCCACCAGCAGCACCUGGCUUGCCUGCACCCCACCUGGAUUGGUGUUCCCACACCCCUGCUUUAGGUGGGGCUGGGGCCA